UGUCUCCAGGGGGUGGCGGUAAUGUGCCGAUUUGUUGGAAACUGCUAAGAGAGGUGAAAGAAGAAGAAGCCGCUCCUGGCUCCUGUCAGCUGAGCGGAAGUUUGAGGCAUGAGCUGAAAAUGGAUGAGUUCUAGUUCUUGUGUUUUUCUUUAUUGUGUAAAAGUUAGUUUCAAGUGUCCCAGUCUCAUAUCGUCGGCACGUCUGACUGAUGUGGCUAAAUGCUGCCGCUGCUUUCGUCGCUGUUUGUGCUUAUUACAUGAACUUUGACAACCAGCUUAGAGGAGAAGAAGAAGAAGGCAGGUCGGUGUUGUCCGCAUGCCCUUCUUUACUACAACUUUAUUCACAAGGCUUAUUAUUAGAAGCAUGUCGUCCGCUCUUCAGCGUCACGUCAUCUGGGAGUCAGAUGGGCUGGUAGCCUACCUUCACCCUCGGCCCUGGACCCCGGGCUCUGUCAUCCUGGAGAGCAGCACCCCCGGGACCCAAGGAGGCAGCAUUUUCCACCUGGGGGAGCCAGAGUACUUGUCCUGGCUGCUUGGGGCGAGAGCUGUGGCAGAGCUGCUUUGUGACAGGCUGGGAGUUCGGAGGUGUGCGCUGGUCAGCAGACCCCACAGAGAUAGACCUGCUCAGAUCCGUAUCCUCCCCCUGUGUGGUCUGGACGCAGAGUGGCGCCCUCAUCUGGCUGGGGAAGAAGAGCACAACGCCCAUGACCCGGGAUACUGCACUUCCAGGACUGCCCCACGAUGGAGUGACUCCAGCCUGACUGAAAUCCAGACCAGGAUUCGAGCCAAACUGCCGCUGCCUGAUGCCCCCCCUGAUCUGACCUUCCUCGGGGACGAUCCGGCUCACCCUUCGCUGUUCUCACGUAUUGUUCGUGGUGAGGAGCAGCAGUGGCGCGUGUGGGAGGACAAAGGUCAUGUGGCUUUUCUCACUCCAUUCCCCAACUCUCCUGGAUUCACUGUGUUAGUCCCACGCCGACCUUUGACCUCUGAUAUAUUCAGACUGGAAAAAGAAGAUUACGAGAGACUGGUGCUGGCCACCAAGAAGGUGUCGUGGCUCCUGGAGGAUGGGUUGGGCGCUUGGGGGGUGGGGCUUAUUUUUGAGGGUUUUGAGAUCGACUACGCUCAUGCCAAGCUGAUACCACUAUUCCUGCCGCCAUUGUUGGCGGGUGAAAAUAAACCAGAUAAACCACCGUCUCCCCAGUUUUACCCCACUUACCCGGGAUAUGUGACAUCAGAAGACGGGCCUGAAGCCAGCUUAGAGAGUCUGAAGAUAAUGCACACUAAAAUCAGUCAAAUGUAAUGCUCUUUGAUUCUGACUCUGAUACUGUUUUUACCAAAUAAUCACCAUUCUCUUUGCACAAUCACUACACCCGAGCUGGUUAUCUAAGUACUUCUAAGUGACUCUGUUCAUUUUUUGCAAGACAAACAUUUGAUUCAGACAUCAAAUAUCUGAUUAAAGUUUACAAAUUACUCUAAAUCACGUAUUAAAUACAUUCUUUAAAAUCCAACAAUGUUAAGAUUAAAACAUCAGUGUCAUUGCACACUUGUACUCUGCCAAAAACCAGUAAACAUGUACAGUUUACCUCAGAAAUACAGAGCAGAAAGCUCAG